GGAGUCGCGGUCUGUCAGAGUCCACAGUCCUAACUCGGCCUCAGGCUGCGAUAGAUCGUAUCACACCGCGCCGCGGCCUCGAGUACCGCCGCGAAAUCAGCCCAGUCUCGCGCGCGCGCGCGCGACCGACAGCACUGGCCCCGCGUGUGUGAUCGCGCGGGGGAGGCCCUUUUCCGCGGCUCGACCCUGCUCGAUCGAGUUUAAGCCGUCGCGAGUGACCGAACGACCUGCGAGCAGCACAGUAGCGCGACUAAUCGCUCGCCGAUCCGCGGCCGAUCGUCGAUCCUCUUCGCACCUCGCCGCUCCUCACGCUUCCUGCGGAAAGAUCAUUUUUUCUUCCCACCUUUCGUCCCGCUUUUUCUGCUCUUCCGAGCCGCGAGGGCGGCUCACCGCGAUCGCAUUCCUAGGAGAACGGAAUACACUGGGGAUACUGUUACGGGAGAUGCCAUCGAGGGCGCGGUGCUGCUGAGGCCACGUCUGAGCAAACGAGUCGUAAAUCAGAUUGAAAGAUGCGCGCGGCACCGCCCUUGCUGUCGUUCCUCCUGAUCCUCCUGCAGCAGUCGGGAUGGAGCCACGGACUCUGCAAGCUGGAGAACAGCACGGUGGCGUCGUGCCACCAGCUAAAAGACGUCAGGUACAUCGACACGGACGACUUGGAGUUCCUCAAGGCCCCGGUCGCGCAGGAUGUCUUGACGCCAGGCCUCUUCAGCAAGCUGGACAACCUCAGGCAUCUGGACUUGUCCGGCGGCGAGCUACGUAAAAUUGAACGCGGCUGCUUCCAGAACCUGAGCAGCCUGAGGAGCCUGAAUCUCGGCGACAAUCGCAUCGAGUACCUGGAACUGGCGUCCUUGGAGGGCCUGACCGAGCUGCGGAGCCUGAACCUGCGGAGGAACGCCAUCCGGCAGCUGCCACCUGCGCUGAUGCGCCUCAAGAACCUCAGGCACCUGGACAUUCACGGUAACCCGCUCGAGUGCAACUGCGCCACCCUCAAGGUCCGCGACCUCGUCGCGCACAGAGGCGUGACCAUGUCGAAGAAGGUCGUGUGCGCGGGCCCUAGCAAUAUGAAGGGCACCUCGCUGAUGAAGCCGAGCGCCACGAUCAUCUGCAGCCUGGAGAAGCAGGACCGGGAGAUGCAAAACGAUCAGCCGGAGGGUUCCGGCAUGGACGCAGGAUCCGGGGAUGCUUCGGACGCAUGGGACGAGUUCGCCGAAGAGGAGGAGACGGAGGGCACGAGGGGAAUAAAGAUGGGAACGGAAGAGGGGGAGGAGGAGGAGGAGGAGGAGGAGGACAACGACGAUGACGAGUACGUGGAGGUCCACAACGGUUCGUCAGAGAAGCCGAAAGAGGCGGAGGCGGAGACACCCAUCCCGGCGGUGUCCUCGGACUUUACCACGAGGUCCUCCGUGCUCCUCGAGCUCGCCACGAAAGAGUCGACCGAGGCCUCGGAGGAGGCCACCGGCACGACGACGAGCUCUCUGCUGCCUACCGCCGACGACGAUGAAAUCUUCUUCGACAGCGAAGAGAGGAAGGAACAGUCGGCCACGACCGAGAUGUCGCGGAAGGUGAUCAAGGACUCUUUAUUCUACCCGGCGUCCGGCGAUGGUUACGACGCCUCUGGCGAAGGAUCCGGAGCCGGCUACGACGAGGAGAGGACCAAUCCUGCCGAAGGCGACAGUAACGAGGGCUCGUUUCUUUGGAACGUCGUCACCGGUAUCGCCGGUUUCCUCGGCGCUACUGCGGCACCGCCGGAGACCAAGGAACCGAAUCUCGAAGAAGAGCAGUUCUUAGAUGUGUCUACGAAACUCGCCACCGAGGAACCGGUUGUAUCGAUCACGAGCCACGUAGUCGGCGCCGACCUCGACAAGGUCACCGGCGACGCGACGAGAAAGGCCACGUCAGCCUCGAUCGCCGACGGCGUGGAGGUGAUGAGGUCCGCGGGCGACGGCUCGAAAUCCGGCAAUGUCAAGGCCGAGGUGGACAGCCUGAACGACGAGCUGGCUGAGGUAUCCACCUCCAAGCAGUCUAAGAAAGGAAUGGGCUCGUACGUCGUCCUGGCGGUGCUGCUCGCCGUGUUGGCGGCGCUGAUCGGCUUCGCCGCGUACAAGGGCGACUUCUGCCGAAAGAAACGGAAGCGAGACGACGUGGAGAACGGCACCGAGCUGAAGGACAUGCAAAAGUCCCUCCUACCGGACACCGGCAACGCCGUCCAGCCGAAGAUCGCCUCGAACGGGAACGCUGAGAGCGUUCCUCUCGUGGAGGGCGCUCCCGACGAGGACGCGAGGCCCGACAAGAUUCGCAGCGACGACCAGAAGACCCAGGAGACACCGCGAUCUCUCAACGGCACCACCGUCGACCACCCGGACCCCGUGAAGCCACCCAGGAAGCAGAUCACCCCCCAAGAAGAGCAGGCAGUUGAGGACAGACCCCGUGUGGACGUGAACUCCUUGAAGGAGAACUUCCUGGCGGAUCGGCCGAGCCCCGUGCAGCCCUCCCCGUCGUCGACGGCGACGAACAACGGGCCGGCGACGCUUGACUCGCAGCCCAACGGACCCCCACUGAGCCCUGGGGCCCAAAGAGUGAGGAUCACCCUGCAGGAGAUCCCCGACAGUGUGCCAAAGACGCCCAUACUCAUCACGCGAACGAUGGCCGGUGAAAAUCUAGUCAAGACGCCGUGAAGACGCAGUGUCCUGAGGAGACAGAGAGAUGGGAGGGGGGAGGGAGAGAGAGAGAGAGAGAGAGAGAGAGAGGAGAGAGAGAGAGAGAGGGUGAGGGAGAAGGAGAGGAACAGAGUCUACACGAGAUAACGAAUGUCACAUCGAUCGACCGACGUGUUCGUACGCCGAGCGACAAAGGAGAGACAAGGAGAGACGUACGUAGUGCGAGAAGCGAGGGCGAGGUUCUCGGUCGACGAACCACAUACCCCGGACGUGAUUUAUAACGCCGUUGUUCCUAGGCUCGAUAUGCAGAGGAAGAGAGAGGGGAGCGGGGCAGAGGGAGAGCGUCCUCGCGCGAUGGACUUUCGUAAUAAGAAAGAUCACCGGGAUGAUCGGUGGCCCCCGCGACAGCGGCGAUAAAAGGACACUGCCGUGUGCUCGGCAGGAAGCUGAGGGUGUGCGACAGGCGGCUUGUACGGAUGUAACUUCAGGCAGCUUCGUUGAACAAUCGGACAAUAGCACGAAAUACGUGCUAUAUGUAUAUAUAUAUAUAUAUAUAUAUAUACUUGAUGAGAGAAUCUUGCGUCUUGCAGACCGCCCCUAAUGUCGCGUCGUCGCCGCUCGGCCGAUCACCUCGCGGUGAUCCAAACACUUGGACAAAUACUCGACGCUACGAACCAUCUACACAAAUCGCAUUCAAAUUCCCAGGUUGUGUUCGAUCAAACGCUUCAUUCUCAUUCUCGUGGGCACUUCCUCGACACCUCGCGACAUUUCCUCGAGGCUCGAGACUCGUUCUAUAUUACCCCUCUUCUUCGUUCGAUCGGUGAAACACGCGACGCGUCCUGGGGCCACUCUCUGCAUUCACGCGGCGACGUAGGGACUCUUGGGUCCCUUGUGGAGGGACGCAAUUCGAGGAUCACGCUGGUGCACUAGUCAGCCUUCCUAAAGGAUCUCGCGCGUCCUGCGAGAAGAACCCGCGCGUUAUCCGCCGCGGCGAGGUCGCGGGGGCGGGGAGGAGGGGAGGGGGACCGGGGGGGACCCCCGCAAGGAGCGGAGUCUCAGCCGGAACGAGUGAAAAGCGACGCUGGAGAUCGCGGCAGUAGCGAAGUGCUGCAGGAGAGCGGACGUUUCACGCUCCGAGAGAGUCUGAGCCCGUAUGAGCGAGUGCGUUUCAGUCGAUUAACGCGAACGCGUGAGUUUCUGUGUCGCGGAGCGCGUCGGACUCACUCUCGAAUUUCGAGCGGAGAAGUCGCUCCGCGCGGCGGCUGAGAGGAAUCCCUCGGAUUCGGAGAGGCCGCCGCCGCCGCCGAGUGAAAUUCCGCUCCGGGAGAUUUCGCGACCGGGUGGAUCGCGAUCGCGAGGCGAGGAUCACGGUGACGUUCGCAGCCAGCCGACGCCAGGCGUGUCAGUGAGUCGAGGGAGCAUUCCGUAUUCUGCCAUAUUUUUUCUACGAAGCGUCGGCGGCGCUCCGCGCCGAGGGCGGCCUGCCAAGGACGAGGCCGGUGCCGUCGUCUUCUUCUCCGAUCGGAGAUCCGCGUGCGCGGAUUGUUUGCCAGCGCGACAGCGCGUACCUCUCUCGUAGUUUUAACGCCGCAUUUUAAGUACGCGCGAUUAGACGCGAGGAGAUUUGCAAUUCAAACGAGACGACGAGCCUACCAAUUAUGAAUAAUGGCCUUUGGCCUGCGGUGUAGAGUUACGAAGUACGGGAGUGCUCGGUGGACGACUUGACACCGCGCGGUCGGACGUUCCACGGGGCUCCCCGUUAUUCACGUCGCAGAAGGAACGCGCAAAGUAUGUAAUAAUCUGUUAUUGUGUUAUUUCGUAGCGGAUACACGCGAUCCCCCCUGUCCCGAGGCGCGCGUUCCUGCGCGAGCGCGAGCCGCGCGGGGAGGAGAGCGGCUUUCGAAUUUAUUACGGACCGACAUGUUUAUUCGUCGCGCACGCAACGUAGAUUAGUGUCGGAGAUCUGCUCUCCAAAUUUCCCGCGGUCUAGGUCUUGUCGAGAAGCAGCGGAAACAAUGGAACGGCAUUUUCUCGCUCGAUGCGCGACACGGUGGAAAUUCACCGCCGCUCUCUCGAAAUCGCGAAUCUCGCUGAGUGAAUGUCGCUGAACUGUCUCUCAAGAGAAGGUCUCACCUUCUCUUGAGGACCUUCAAACGCCCUGAGAGUCAACGUCCUGGGGCCGUCCAGGCGGCCGUAAACAGGUGGGCUGUAAUUUCGUCGCGCGAGUUUAGAACUCGCGUCCGUCUUUCUCCCGAGAGCCGGAUAAGUAAAAGUCACGGACGAGAUGCUUCCGCAUCGCCGUGUCGCGAGAGUACGCGAGAUUCGCUCCCGAAUUUCGAAGUGAAAGUAUUCUUCGGCCGACGGCGCGGCGGGGCGGAGAAUCCGCGCGAGCCCGAGUGAAAAAUCGCUCGAAUUCGAGCGAGCCGCCGCCGCCGCCGCCGCCGCCGCCGGUCGCUCUACUUUCCGAGUGGGGUUUCACUCCGAGAAAUUUCGAGAGUACGAGAACGAGAUGCUACGCAUGUAUGUGCGGUACGAUGGACACUUCGUGGACAGACGUCGGUCUGAUGAUUCGAGUGGUCGGGACGGGGCCGGGGGGAGCGCGACGACGCAUUUUAUCGGUCACCGGUCGCGAUCGAUUUAUCACUUUACGUACGAUUCUUUAAGCCAAAUGUGUCGGAGAUGCUGUACACGGCGUGUAUGAUUUUAAUUUUAAGGUAGCCCGGUGUUCCCCGCUAGAGAUCGAGCCGUUCCCAACGCUAAGUUUCACGGAGGGAGGCAGGAGCGCGGCGAGGUAAGCGGCUCGGUGAAGAUUGAAAGACUUUAUUUAUAUGUCCAGUCUUUGAUCAAUAAAAGAGAGUGUUAUUUUUUUGUUGA